CGAUUGGCUCAAUAACGCUUCCAAAAGCCCCUGCAGUGGCGCGCUCCCUGACUAAUGGGCCUGAAGCUACAUCCCUUCCAGUUUUUCUUCAGAAAACCUAGAAACCCUAGCAAGACUUUUCCUUUUCUAUCGGUUCGAAUUGUUGGAGGAGGGGAUGGAAGAGGAAGUUCAUACCGGAGAGAUUAACAGAGAGGCGGAGGCCGCUCCGGCAUUAAUCGCAGUGCAUCCUCUUGAGCGAUCCAUCGCGCUUGCGCUCGGAUAUGAACUCAGAGUAUUUGAUUUUGAGAUGGAUUGUGCUGUUACUUUGACUGAUGAAGCCUAUAGCCCUUGCCAUUCUGAUGCUAUUAGGGCAAUCUGCUUUGGUGCAAAUGGAAGACUCUUUGUUUCUGCUGGUGAUGAUAAGCUGGUGAAGAUCUGGAGAACAGAUACUUGGCACUGUAUCAGAACUGUGUGCUCUGACAAACGUGUGAGUGCAGUUGCAAUAAGCCAUGAUGGGUUGUUCGUUACCUUUGCUGAUAAGUUUGGAGUUGUUUGGAUAGAGAGAUUGGAGGAAGAUGAUCAAGGUCAAGCAUCAGUUGAUAAAAAGGCUGUUCCACUUCUGGGCCAUUACUGUAGCAUCAUUACUAGUCUGAAAUUCUCUCCAGAUGGAAAGUUCAUUGCCACUGCGGACCGAGACUUCAAAAUCCGGAUAACUAUUUUUCCAAAAGGACCUCUAAAAGGUGCUCAUGAAAUACAAAAUUUCUGCCUUGGUCAUACAGACUUUGUCUCUUGCCUUACUUUCAUAUGUCCCCCAGAUUGCCAUCAGAGUUUCCUCUUAUCUGGAAGUGGUGAUGCAACCGUUAGGCUUUGGGACCAUGUUUCUGGACAACUCCUUGAUACUUGUGAUGUUGGAGAAAAGGAGAACCUACUCUUAGGUGAUGGCCGAACACCCGAGGUUUACCUACAGUCGACGCGCAACGGGUGGCAGGCGGGAUUGCUCGAUUCUAAGGAGAAAGUUGAGUAUUCUGCGGCAGUCACUGACAUAAAUGCCCUUCCUGAUGGUUCAUUUGUUGCUGCUGCUAUACAAGGUUUACACGGAGUUAUGAUCCUGAAAUGUGAUGUUCCUGCUAGACGUCUUUUCAUUGCCAAGUUCGUUUUUGUGGAAGAAAGUUUUGUGCCUACACGUUUAGGGUUGAGUUCUUCUGCGAAACUAUUGUGGGUGGUAAUGGGCGCAUCUAAUGUUUCUAAAGUAGGUGUUUCCAAGAUGGCUCAGCUCCGAGUUCUUUCUGAUCUUGACAAGUUUCUUUCAAAUGAACAUGGAGACUAUCCUGUCAUCCUGAAAGAUAAAGACAUGCCUGGUGGUGAGAAGUUGCUCUUGCAAUUUCAAGGAAGUGAUCAUGUUACAAAGCAGGAUGCAGCGUUAGCAGCAACUGCUACUGCAGUGAAAGUAGCAAUGCAGAAUUUAUUGACGAAGAAACAGUACUCUUUAGAGAAGCGAGAUUUUAGGAAGAGAGACAGAAAUGAUAGAAAGUUCAAGAAACAACAGUUUUGAUAGCUCAGGAAGUGCAAUGGAAACUUGGUUAGAAUUUUUUUUUUAAAUUUAACCUUGAAAUGCUAUAAUUGCCAAUUCAUGAGCUUUAUCUUUUCACCAUCAUAUAAGUCAACCUUCCACUUGAUUAUUCUUUUGUUACGUAUUCAUUCUCUUGAGAUUUCAUGUUUA